ACGUAAAACAGAAACCCAGGCAAAAACCGAACAUAAGAGCAAGUCGAAACACGCUGUAAUAACAAGAAAUCAAGAAUAAUAAAGUGACGACCUGUUAAAAGUGAAGCCCCAAACAAACGAUACUUGUCUCCACCAUGGCGAUGAUGCAAAGUGGUAUCGCCACCUCUAAAGUCCUCAUCCUCGUCGGCGCCGGUCUUACUGGCACGGUGGUUUUGAGGAGCGGAAAAUUGUCUGAUAUCAUUUGCCAGCUACAAGAGUUGACUAAGGGUGUUAGUGAGUCUGAGAGCUCGCCUGGACUCGAUGGGGCUUAUUAUGCUGCUCAGAUCCGGCAAUUGGCACAAGAGAUCAGGGAAUUAACAACCUCAAAUCCUAUUACUAUCUACACUGGAAGUUCGAGCUCUAGUGGAAGCUACUCUUCAUAUUUAAUGCCAGCAGCAGCCCUCGGAGCAAUGGGAUACUGUUACAUGUGGUGGAAGGGUUGGUCAUUGUCUGAUGUUAUGUUUGUUACAAAACAUAAUAUGGCGAAUGCUGUAGCAACUGUUUCAAAACAAUUGGAGCAUGUAUCUGAAACACUAGCCUCAACAAAAAAGCAUCUCUCAAAGAGGCUGGAAAACUUGGACUGGAAAUUGGAUGAGCAGAAGGAAAUAUCUAAUAUCAUUUCAAGUGAUGUAGGUGAGGUGAAGUCCAAUCUUAAUCAGAUAAGCUUUGACAUUGAAACAAUCCAUCAAAUGGUAUCUGGGUUGGAAGGACAACUUGAGCUCCUUGAAAGCAAGCAGGAUGCAACCAAUACAGGUCUUUGGUAUCUUUGCCAAGCAGCUAGUGGCAUUAAUGAUGGGACAAAUUCUAAACCUUCUCAGGAUGUUGGUGCUAAAAUGAUAGAGCAUCCAUCAAUUGCAUACAAGGACAAAUCACCAAAGGGGCUUUCACUAUUUGCUGAAAAUGAUGAUGCAAUAUCUACACAUAAAGCAAUCGUAGCUACAAGGAAAAUUAUUCAUCCUGACAACCCAGGCAAAGAUUUUUCCGCUGCGAGAACAAGGAUACACAGGUCUUAUCCGGUUAGCUUAUCGGCAACCCUGGACAUAUUGGGAUAGUGCGCACCAUUUAUCUCCUUUCUGUUAUACCUUUCCAUGUAGGAUGGUAGAUAUAUAAUUGAAAUACUCAGAUUUAUAUUGAUUUUGCAUGAGUGGGCAAAUCGAUUUAGGUUUCUUCAUUGACAGUUUGAGUGGAAAGUUUAUAUAGUUUUCAAUAUGUAUAGGAAAUAACAUAAAUCAUUGGUGUUUUGUUGUAAAAUGUUAUAAAAGGGUGUUUUACCUCUA